AUGAAGUUGGUGAAAAAGCUUUGUGCGAACGUGCCAGAAUGCGUAAUUAGUUUGGCUCACGACUACAGGGAGAGGAACCAGGAGGUGAUCGCUGGCGGAGAGAAUGUGGUGGUGAAUCCGAUCGAUGCAUUCUUGCUCAUUCGCAGGUUGACCGGGGACUGGAGCUACGCUGAGCAGCUGAUGCGUCACAACUCGGCCGACGGGUUUUUGAAAAAUAUUUCUAUGGAACGAGAUGCUUCGCCAGUUAGGUUUCCGGAAGCAGACGAUUUCGAAGGAGCUGCGAUUGCCAUCCUCCGUUUGCAAGACGUCUACAAACUGGAUACUCAUGAUAUGGCCGAAGGCAAAAUUCAGAACACUGAACAGGGACAAAAAAUGGAUGCUUUGGACUGUUUCUCGAUCGGUCAGGUUGCCUAUCGAAAGCAGGACUAUUAUCAUACGUUGAUGUGGAUGCAGGAAGCCUUAGACCGAGUACAAACCGAAGACCCACAAACGGCUGACAUCGGCGAGAUCUUGGAACAUCUGGCAUUUGCGUUGUUCCAGCAAGGCAAUUCAUCAGAGGUCGCCAAAGAUCUCUAUUGCUACUUCAAGAGAGAUCGACCGUAUCUGAAGUUCGCCCCAAUCAAGGUGGAGGUGAUGAACUGGAAGCCGAAGAUCAUGUUUUUCAGACAAGUGUUGUCUGACUACGAAAUCGCUACUCUCAAGCAGCUAGCCCUACCUUUGCUCCGUCGCGCCACCGUUCACAAUGCCGAAACCGGCGAUUUAGAGACGGCAUCGUACAGGGUUAGCAAAAAGUAUGUAUUCUUAAUCUUAUAAAA